AUGUUUGCGAUCGCCUGUGAAUGCGCUUACUUUCUCACCACUCUCUCUGUCAGUGCAUCCCUACUGUCCAAUACGGCACACGCGCCUUACCAGAGACUAAUUCGAGUGACAUUCGAUAAAUACCCUGUUGAGUUGCAGAUUCAGUUGCGAAUGUUUAUCCAACGCCUAUCGGGCCCUACAAUUGGUUUCUAUUGUUUGGACUUAUUUGAGAUCACAUACACCACAUACGCGAGUAUUGUGGCGGCUUUGGGACAGAACUUCCUGCUGAUCGUGGACUUCGUGCGCUCGUAUGCCGAAGUUGGCCGCGAAGACGACAACAUACAGUACGCCUUCUCGCAGCUCACGGACGUGGUCUUCAACACAACCCUAUCGGCCAUCAGUUUGGUUGGAUUCACGGAAAGUACUCACCCAUCAGAUCACCACAACUACACCUUAUAACACAUUUGCCAUCAUUUCCC